AUUUUUUACACGGCGUAUCCCGGAACUCUCCCGGGGAGGCGGAGUCGGAGCGUGACAGACCUCUGUAUUUCCACCCACGCCGCUGGAAUGCUGUUGUAUUAAUAACGAGCGCAACACGUUUGUCUCAAGCAUUGCAUAUAUGUGCCAAUCUUUAAGAGGAUUAUUGCAAAGGGGAACACAAAGCACUUCAUCAUCAUAUUUGUGUCUUGCUCUGUAUACAUGCCCACACACACAUGCACGGACACACACACGUAUAUCCACACACACACACACACACACACACACACACAAGCCAACAACAGACUGCACUCAGGAAAAGCACUGGGACUCAGUGAGGCACUGAGGAUCAAGUGGAGCGAGUGUUAGGAUGCAGGAAUAUGAUAUCAUAGUGCUUGGGACUGGACUUAAGGAAUGCAUCCUCUCUGGUUUGAUGUCUCAAAGUGGGAAAAAGGUUCUUCACAUUGACAAAAAUCCCUACCAUGGAGGAGAGAGUGCAUCCAUUUCUCCCCUUGAGGAGCUGUACAAGAAGUUUAAGGUCCGAGGUCCUGCUAAAUCUAUGGGCCGAGGGAAAGAGUGGAAUGUUGACCUCAUCCCCAAAUUUUUUCUUGCCCAUGGCCAGCUGGUGAAAAUCUUGGUGCACACUGAGGUUACUCGGUAUCUGGACUUCAAAGUCGUCGAGGGCAGCUAUGUAUACAAAGCAGGGAAACUGCACAAAGUCCCUGCCACAGAGGAAGAAGCCCAAAGUUCAGAUCUGAUGGGCAUGUUUGACAAGAGAAGGUUCAGGAAGCUGCUGCUCUUCACCCUGAACUUUGACGUGAGAAAUCCUCGGACCUAUCAGGACGUGGAUCCUAACAAAACCACCACACGGGACCUUUUCUGCCGCUACGACCUGGGAUUAGACGUUAUGGAGUUCACAGGUCACGCCAUAGCCUUACACAGCAGUGACAGUUACCUGGACCAGCCCUGUGUGGAAACCAUCAGACGGAUCAAGCUGUACUCUGAGUCUUUGUCCCGACACAACACCAGUCCAUACCUCUACCCUGUGUACGGUCUGGGAGAACUACCACAGGGAUUUGCCAGACUGAGCGCAGAGUACGGAGGAACUUUCCUGCUGAACAGAGCAGUGGAUGAGAUUGUGAUGGAAAACGGCAAAGUAAACGCUGUGAAAUCUGAGGGGAAGCUGUUCCACUGUAAACAGCUAAUCUGUGAUCCCAGCUAUGUUCCCAAUCGAGUGAGGAAAGUGGGGCGGGUCAUAAGGGUCAUCUGUUUAUUAAAUCAUCCAGUUAAAAACACCCAUGAGACCAACUCCUGCCAAAUCAUCAUCCCUCAAGCUCAACUCAACAGGAAAUCAGACAUUUACAUAACCGUAGUGUCGUAUGCUCACAAUGUGGCCUCAGAUGGGAUGUACAUCGCCACAGUGAGCACGACCAUAGAAACCAGCGACCCAGAGAAGGAAGUUCAUCCUGGGUUGGAGCUCCUCGAGCCAAUCGCUCAGAAAUUUGUUUCAAUCAGCAACCUGCUAGUUCCCAACGAAGAUGGAAAAAAGAGUCAGAUAUUCGUGUCCCGCUCGUGUGAUGCUACAAACCACUUUGAGUCUGAAUGUGAGGACAUCAAAGACCUGUACCGCCGGAUCACAGGAGCAGAGCUCUGCUUCAGAGGAUCACAGAGGCACCAGUCUCACAACUCUGACGAUGACUAAUGAAGACUUCCAACAUCAGGACCAAAUAACUGGUCAGACGGUGUUACGUAGCACGUAGACUGGAUUGUGAGUGUACUAUGUAAAUGUUGGAUGUCUUUUUCUCGCUGUAAUUUGUUUGGUAUAAUUUCUCCCUUUUGUGAGUCUAUAAAAUAUGAUGAUGUUGAGGAACAGUUUGGAGAAAA